UCCUUCUUCAUUCCUCUUUUCUCUCUUAUCUCAAAUUGCAUUCGAAACUGCUCUCCGUAACCCACGUUUCACAACGAGUUCCCAAAGUUUUUUUUUCUCUUUUCUUCAUUGUGAGUGCCAACACAAAACUCCUUGAAAUCGGUUUCAAGUUUUCAACUUUGGGUCUGUAGUUGUUUCAUGAUGGAUCAAGACACCAACAACAAUGGGGUCGAGUUUCAUCAGAAGAAACUUUUAAAGUAUCAACUCCAAUUAACCAAGAGAAAAGACUCGGUUCGGUACGAAAUAGUUCCACUUCGAGAUCGGUUGUCGUAUGAGAAGGGCUUCUACGCGGUUAUCCGUGCUUGCCAACUGCUUUCUCAGAAGAACGAUGGGAUCAUAUUGGUUGGGCUUGCUGGUCCUUCUGGUGCCGGAAAGACUGUUUUUACCGACAAGAUGCUUCACUUUAUGCCAAGUGUCGCUGUCAUAUCGAUGGACAACUACAAUGACGCCAGUCGAAUUGUUGAUGGAAACUUUGACGAUCCAAGGUUAACGGACUAUGACACAUUGCUCAAGAAUCUUGAAGAUUUAAAGGAAGGAAAACAAGUUGAGGUUCCUAUAUAUGACUUUAAGUCCAGCUCUCGUGUUGGAUACAGGACUCUUGAUGUCCCAGCUUCUAGGAUUGUUAUCAUUGAAGGGAUCUAUGCCUUGAGUGAAAAGUUGCGACCUUUGUUGGAUCUACGUGUGUCUGUUACUGGUGGAGUUCACUUUGAUCUUGUUAAACGGGUUCUUCGUGAUAUACAACGUGCAGGUCAACAGCCUGAGGAGAUUAUCCAUCAGAUAUCUGAAACAGUGUACCCUAUGUACAAAGCUUUCAUAGAGCCAGAUCUCCAGACUGCUCAAGUUAAAAUCAUUAAUAGAUUUAACCCCUUCACUGGUUUCCAAAGCUCAACAUACAUCUUGAAGUCGAAAAAGGAUGUAUCCGUUGAUCAGAUCAAGGAAGUUCUUUCUGAAGGACAUACAGAGACUAAGGAGGAGACCUAUGAUAUAUAUCUUCUUCCUCCUGGUGAAGAUCCAGAGUCGUGCCAAUCAUAUCUGAGGAUGCGGAAUAAAGAUGGAAAGUACAGCCUCAUGUUUGAGGAAUGGAUGAAAGAUCCUCCUUUUGUCAUGUCCCCAAGGAUAACUUUUGAAGUGAGCGUUCGUUUACUUGGUGGGCUUAUGGCGUUGGGAUACACCAUAGCAACCAUACUUAAAAGGAACAGCCAUGUGUUUGCUACCGAGAAGGUGACUGUGAAAAUCGAUUGGCUCGAGCAACUGAACCGUCACUACAUUCAGGUGCAAGGUAAAGAUCGGCAACUUGUACAGAGCAUUGCAUCACAGCUAGGAUUGGAAGGAUCAUAUGUUCCACGCACCUAUAUUGAACAGAUCCAACUGGAUAAACUGAUAAAUGAAGUAAUGGCCUUACCAGAUGAUUUGAAGAACAAGCUCAGCUUAGACGAGGAUUUGGUGUCUAGUUCAAGCCCAAAGGAGGUACUCUUAAGAGCGUCUGCAGAUAGAGUGGUGGCCAUGAGAAACAAGAACCUCAAAAUAGGCAUGUCACACUCGUAUUCAACGCAAAGAGACAAGAAUCUCUCCAGGCUUGCUGAUUAUUCUUCGAGCGAGAGGAGGUACGAAGAAGAAACAAAUCACGACUCACAAGCCAACGAGAGGGCUAUGACUCGGCUUACGGAAGAAAUGUCAUUACUCAAUGAGAGAAUGGAGGGGUUCACAAACCAGGUUGAAAAGAUAAUCUCGAAGUUGGACUGCAACAUAAACUCUCUAACGCAGCAGAGCGCGACACUCCAAGCAGGUGAAGUCUGCAGUGGCUCAGCUCCAACUUCGUAUUUCAUUUCUGGUCUGGACAAUGGCUGUUUGACAACUUCCACAAUGUCUCGUUCGUCGUCAUCCUCGCAAUUAGCCAAGGAUAUUAUGCCAUUAAUGGAAGAGAUAUUGACCAUAUCACGUGGAAAUCGUCAAAUGAUGCAUAAAAUGGAUGAUCUGUGCAAUCUGAGGAGAGAAAUCUCAGCAGAAAUGUCACGCCUAGGGAGAUCAGGAAGCAGUAGUAGCAGAGACCACCGAUCAAUCAAAAGCUUUCUUUUGUCCAGUGCGGAAUCUAGUAGCCUCCCUCUCGUCUUAACUUUGGCUCUCUGCAGCGUAGGGAUUGUAGUGACCAGGAGCCUACUACGUUAACAAGCGUCAAUAACUUCUAUUUUGUUUCUUCUCUCUCUUUUUAUUUUUUUUGUUGCUAUUUUUCUCUCACUGAAGGCGUUUUGUGAGCUUCCGUGGUUUUACUACGUAGACGAUGACACCAGUUCUCUUCCUCGUUUGGAAGACAUUCUCGAUUCAUUUUAUUCAAUAAACUUUCAGUUUUAA